AUGAAUGAUUUUAAUGAUUUUAUUGAUACUUGUGGUCUCGUUGAUAUGAAAGCUGUGGGGAGUAAGUUCUCAUGGUGUAAUGGCCAGAGGGGUCUUGCAUGGAGUUGGUCGAAGUUAGAUAGAUGUUUGAUGAAUGUUGUGGCUGCAAGUUUUUUUUCGGACGCCUUAUGCAAAUAUAUGGCGCGGACAACUUCAGAUUAUGCACCUUUGUCGUUUGUGUUUAAGAAUAUGGGGAAUCGCUAUGGUCCUUCCCCUUUCAAGUUUAAGCAAAUGUGGGUGUCUCAUAGUAAUUUUUGGGAGGUGGUUAAUGAUACUUGGAGUACUUCGAUUGAUACUAGGGGUCUUCAGGGUCUUGCUACAAAGUUAAAAAAAGUGAAAGUAGUUUUAAAGGAUUGGAAUCGUCGUGUUUUUGGCCAUACGGAGAUGAAGAUCCAGGAAUUUGAGAAUAAAAUUGAACAGUUAGACAGCCAACUUCAGGAGGGUUUCUCAGUAGACACAGAGCAAGCUUUAUUGGAAGCUAAGGAAGAACUUGCAGUUUGGAUGAAAAGAGAAGAAACAAGGCUUUCACAACAGGUGAAGCUUAGGUGGAUGGAGACAGGAGAGGCCUCGGCUCAGUUUUUUAAAACUUUUGUUUCUCUUAAUAAACCUUUUGUGCAGGAAAUGAGGUGUCCAGAUGGGACGUGUUUAAAUUCUCCGGAAGAGAUUCAUUCAGGUGCGGUGGACUAUUUUAGUUCCUUUCUACAGGCACGUAAUCCCAGAGAUCUUCCUGAUUUGUCAAAUUUGGUGCAACAUUCUAUUUUGGAGGAGGAAAAUGCUAACCUCCUUCAGCUCCCUUCAAUCCAAGAGGUUAAAGAGGCUAUGUUUUCCAUUUAUGUGGAUAGUAGCCCGGGUCCAGAUGGCUUUGGUUCUGGUUUCUAUAAGAGGCCUACUGGUUUUGAUAAGUUCCGCCCCAUUAGUUUAUGUUCAGUGGUGUAUAAAGUCUUUUCCAAGAUUUUGGUUCGAAGAUUAUCGCCUAUCCUUAACAGAAUCAUCUCUUCAGAACAAGGUGCCUUUCUUCCUGGUCGAAGUAUAUUUGAAAAUAUUUCUUUGGCCCAAGAAAUGAUACACAUGAUUAACAAGAAGUUUGAUCAGAAGUUGUGUAUCGACUCCUUGGUUCUCGGUGGUAUGAAUGGGUCGGCUAAAGGGUUUUUCUCCAGUGGGCGAGGUUUGCGCCAAGGUGAUCCUCUUUCACCUUACCUGUUCAUUCUCGUUGAGGAGAAAAGGAGGUCUUUGCUUUUGACAUCGUUCUCUGAAGGUUUCUUCCCAGUCAAGUACUUGGGAGUCCUGCUUAUGGUAGGUCGUAUGAAAAUCUCGUAUUUUGAUGAUUUAUUAUGCGGCAUUCGACGAAAAUUGGAAGGAUGGCAGAAUAGGUUUUUAUCUUCCGGUACUCGACUUCUUUUAUUGAGACAUGUUCUGGCUAGUAUUCCUAUUCAUUUGCUCUCGGUUUUGCAUGCUCCUAAGGCUGUCAUGGUAGUAUUAAAGCGGCUUAUGAGUAAUUUUUUCUGGGGUUCCUGGAAUGGUAAACAGAAGCGUCAUUGGGUAAGUUGGAGUAAGAUUUGUUCCCCUAUUCGAGAAGGAGGUUUGGGUCUUCGAAAGUUAGAGGAAGUCCAAGAAUCUUUAUUUAUGAAGCUUGCUUGGAAUGUCUUGACAGGUGACUCUUUAUGGGCCAAUUUUUUCAAGCAUAAGUAUGUGAAAAAUCAGCAUGUGACAUUGGUAGAUCAACGGAAAGGAACUUUAUUUUGGAAGCAAAUUGUGGGUAUGUUUCCAAAGGUUUUAGGCAACUCUUGGUGGAGGGUGCGGGAUGGAGAUGUGUCCUUUUGGAGAGAUCCUUGGCUUAAAUCGGGAGCUCUUGCAAACUCUUGUGAUAUCUCUAAUUUUCCUUUAUUAAAAGUCCGGGAAUGUCGGUUUCAAAAUGGUUGGGAUGUGGACUUGUUACAUAGAUUGGUGGGGGCAACUAAAAUGGAAGAAAUUCUAAAUUGUCUCGGUGAACAAAAAGAGGGUGGAGAUUUAUUGAUUUGGAAGCCAACUCUGAAUGGGGUUUUUUCCUCAAAAUCAGCUUGGGAUUGUGUCCGUGUUCGUGCACCAAAAUCUGAAUGGGCUGCAUGGAUUUGGCAUUCAGCUCUUCCAAAAAAAUAUUCGGUUACCAUUUGGAAGGCUUUGCACUAUAGCCUUACUGUGGAUAGUCGGAUUAGUUCGUGGGGCAUUCCUUUGGUCUCAAGAUGUGAAUGUUGUACACAGGGGUGUGUGGAAGACCAAGAUCAUGUACUCGUGUAUGGGAGGAUUGCUGCAGAUAUUUGGAGGUGGGUAUCUCUACAGUUAGGGAUGCCUUAUGACUCGCAGAGAUCUUGGAGAGCAACUAUGGAGUUGUGGUUUAGACAUGCUACUCAUUCAACUCAAAAAGGUGCUCUACUUGCUCUUAUUCCUAUUAUUGUGACUUGGUCCCUUUGGGUGUGGAGGUGUAAGGCACGUAUGGAAGUUAAACAUGUGAAGAGGAAAAACUUUCUGUUGGUGAAAUGGAUGAAACCAAGUCCAGGUUGGUUUAAAUUAAAUGUGGAUGGGAGUUCCCUGGGAAAUCCAGGUCAUAUGGGUGCAGGGGGCGUUAUUAGAGAUGCGAAGGGGAAUCUUAUUUGGGCUUUUGCGAAGGAGUUGGGAUAUGGGUUGAAUAAUGAAGCUGAGCUUAGUGCUCUUUAUUAUGGCCUUCUUUUUUGUAAGGAUUUAGAUAUUGGAAGAGUGGAGAUUGAAUUGGAUUCGCUGUUAGUGGUACAUUGGUUGCAAAAAGGGCGUUGUGGUAUAUGGUAUCUUGAAGAUUAUUGGGAAAAGAUACAAGUUAUGGUUGAAACCUUGGAGGUUAAGAUCCAACAUGUAUACAGAGAAGGCAAUGCAGGAGCAGAUUUCUUGGCCCGUUUGGCAUCUAAUCAAAAGAAUGGGAUGAACUUUUUCUCUUUGGAAGAAGCCCUGUGUCUGUGUCACCAUGAACAAUGUGAGGUUGCAUCUGUUUUUCUGACCUGUACUACAACACAACAGGAGGAUGGCUUUCCUUGGUGGAUGCCUUUCCAUCUCAGCAAUGCCUUUCCAUCUCAGCAAUUUCUUCACUCUUCAACAGCCCCUCGCAAGAUGGAGAGUAGAUAUCUGCUACUCCCAUCUCGAGCAUGCAAGAGUGGAGGCUUUGGGAAUCUAAAGCUUGGUGGUAAACUAACUAAGUCCCAAGUUUCAUUAAGUUCAAGAGCAUCUAUUUCAGCUCUCAUGGCUAUGCACCACUCAGGUGAAUUUUUGGCCUCUUGGUUCUGUAAGAAUGGUUGGGACUUGAGUGAAACUGAUGCUGAUUUGAUUAGUUUGCAAAUGAGUAUUAGUGGAAGUCCCAUUUUUGUAGGGGAAAACAUUCUCAUAGAAAACCACAUUUCUUGA